AUGAUUUCCCCGGCGAAUGAGCGCUUGCGAGAGGUCUGGGGCACAACUCAAGACUCUUUAGAAACCGCCGUUGGGUCUGCAUACUCGUCUUGGACCCGGUUUCAGCGCGCGUAUGUGGGUCCAUGUUGGAGCAGCACCACGACCUGUGCGACCCGGUGCGGAACCGGAGUACGCGUAUGUUUUGGACACAAGCCUGAUCGUCGGCGGCGGCGCAGUAGCCGGCGAGGAGCGCGGACACGUGGCAACAGCUUACUUUCGAGGCUGCCUGAUGAACUAAGUCGGAGUGGCGGGGUUGGUGUUGGCGUGUCUGGAGGAGACGGAGAGCUUAGGCCUGGAGAUGAUGGGAAUGAUGAAUUUUUCAAUCGGGGACGUCGGGACUCGUUUAAUAUAUUUUAUGAUACUUAUGAUUCAGAUGAAAUGUUUGGGCGUGAUGAACUUGAACGGUUGCUCAACUCUCAAAGUGAAUACUCUUCAGAGUAUGAUGAUGAAGAUGAUGAAUAUGAUGAAGAAGAUGACGAGGAUGGAGAAAGUUAUCAUGAUUUAACCGACAAUGAAGAAAAUAGCGAAGCUCCAAGGAUCCCGUUGCAGCAACAGGUAGCCCCCCCGCGUGCGCCAUAUACCCCCCACGGAGUGAUUUCAGCGCAGCCGCAGAAAAAAUCUGAAAUGUCAACAUCCGGCACAAAGCCACCAUCAUCAUUAUCAUCAGAACCACCCAAGACGAACCAGCCUAAGCGUCACCGCCGUCGCAACCAUCGCCGUCACCACCACCAUCACCGUGAUAUGGCAGUGGAACCUCCGUUGCAAGACCAAAUGAUUGACAUGCAACCGCCGCACCAGCGGCUACUACACGAAUCACAGUCGCGGAUCACGGAGUUUUGGAAAACCGUGUUUCCGCCUAAGCACACGGUUCCAAGUCACGCAUCAUCUGCAUCAAGCCCUGGCACUGGUGGCGGAAGCUUCGGUGGUGGUGGUAUAGGUAAUACGAAUACAGGUGGGGAUGACGGGUCAAGUCCACAAUCAUCUUUUUGGUGGUGGACAUGGCCGCAAAAUCACUCAACGAGUAGCACGGGAGUUCUUGAGAAUAGCAACAGAGUUGAUGAUACUCAAGAUGAUUUUGAGUACCAUAUAGUGCUGGGGCCUCAAGGCCCCCAAGAACAAAAUUCUCGCACAACAAAUAGAUACGGGGCAACUACAUCAAACUCUAUUUGGACCCGGAUUUUCGGACAUCCACAACAAACAACUGGGACUAUCCAAGGGAGUGGAUCUUCAGCCGCUGGAUCUAAGAGCCGGAAAAGCGCUAAAGCCCGGGGGAAAACCCGGGUACGGGCCGCGCAGGCAUCUUUCGAGGCGCAGCAGCAGCGACGGGGGUCAUGGCCGCGGCAUGGAUCUUGGUCUCAAAGCGAUGGGGGGUCACAGGACCUAUUCCGAACGAUGGGGACACGCGAAAGGUCGUCGACCAAAUCAUCGGUGCAGUCUUCAGAGACGUAUCGGUCACGACGGGAACUUUUGAGCGAUGUUGAGAGUGCGGAUGCACAGAUGGUCAGCGACAACUUUGCAAGUUCUCUUGUAUAUGGAAGUACGAGUAAUCCUGGGAGCACGAAAAGUGCCGAGGUGUUGGUCAAUGAUGAUGAUGACGAGAAUGAAGCGAAAACAAGCGGGAAGAUAAAGGAGGGGCCAAUUGAUUCAAGCGAAGACUUGAAAGAUAAGAUGCAUGAAAAAUUGGAAUCUGGGCCAACGGCUGAAGGGUCUGUUUUACAGGUGGACGAAAAUAACGGUGGAGGUGAAGUCAAAGACAACACUAUAAAACCCAAUGUCGAGAAUUUUAGUGGCAACCAUGAUGACGACGGAGAAGAAUUUGGCGAACUAAUGAGUGCGCCUACUAUUGCUUCUGCUGCUUCUGGGGCCACGAAUUAA